AUGAUUUUAAUAGAGUACGACCUUCUUGGCCCUAAUUCGGAGGCUAACACUUCGAUAUCUCAGUUGCAGCAAAAGCUAGAGAUGAUUGGGCAGCUCCCAGGUGAGGUUGAUCAAGUUAAAGCUGAUUGUCAUCGAUGGAAGGAGAGCAUGGAUCAACUUGCUACCGAUAAGGAAGUCAUUACAGCCCAACUGGCCUCGGCUGAAACUCAACUCCGAGGCAUUAAAGUGAAGGGUCUGGCCCAGGCCAAGAAAAUUGAGGAGGAUUUCGUGUCCGUUCAAGAUGAAUUGAGGGAGGACUCCGACCGGGAGGAAGGGAGCAAUGAUUUGGCCAAGUGCCAGGCCCAGAGGGAGACUCUCGAAGAAAUCCAUGCCCGAGGGUUCGACCUUGCCGAGGAUAUAGCCGAGGCAAAGGCGCGGGAAACCGAUGCUAGGUUUCUUGUCUCUUCCGAUGAUGAAGAUGUAGUGAGUGGCUCCGGGGAUGGGGAAGGUGAAGAAGAUGUUCCCGAGGGAGAGGAGGCUCUCGAAGAUAGAGCUGCUGAAGGUGCAGUUCUUGAAGAUGACGCUCCCGGGGGUGUGACCCUAAAAAUAGAUUAG